AUGGGGAAGGGAAAUAAUAUGAUUCCUAAUGGCCAUUUCCAUAAGGAUUGGCAGAGAUUUGUUAAAACUUGGUUCAACCAACCGGCCAGAAAACACCGAAGGAGACAAAACAGAAUUAAGAAGGCUAAAGCUAUCGCUCCUCGUCCCGCUGCAGGCCCUCUGAGGCCGGUAGUUCGUUGUCCAACCGUGAGAUACCACACUAAAGUACGUGCUGGUCGUGGAUUCACCCUCCGUGAAAUAAGGGCUUCAGGCUUGAACCCAGCAUUUGCCAGGACUAUUGGCAUUUCUGUUGACCCUAGAAGACGUAACAAGUCUGUAGAGUCUCUGCAGAUGAAUGUACAGAGAUUAAAGGAGUACCGCGCUCGUCUAAUCCUGUUCCCUAAGGGCAAGAAGGUACUGAAGGGUGAAGCCUCAGAGGAAGAACGUAAGUUGGCCACUCAGCUGAGAGGACCUCUGAUGCCUGUACAGCAACCAGCACCUAAAUCCAGUGCUCGUGUCAUUACUGAGGAAGAAAAAGACUUCAAAGCCUACCAAUACCUAAGAGGGGCUCGUUCCAUUGCUAAGCUUGUUGGUAUCCGUGCUAAGCGUCUUAAGGACGCAGCAGAGAAUCCUGACGAUGUCACCAAGGCGCCCACAGCUGUCAAGGAAGGCAAAGCUAAGAAGUGA